UGUAGCGCAUAUCAAAUAGUUUGUUUAAAGGCAUUCGAAAUUAUUUAUGUUGACAACUUUUUCCUUUCCCUUUCUCUUUAUUCUUUGAUAUCUAAAAAGGUUACGCGGAUAUACCAAUUCAACUAAUCCACUCUUAUCUCUAUUCCCCAUGAGUUACUCAGCAUUUGGUGCAAAUUCUCAAGCUGUUACUAUUACCUCGUUGAAAUGUACCUUUUGUAAUAUGGAUAAGCCUUUGGAUGCUUUCUCCAAAACUCAGGUCAUGAAAGCAACUUACAAUCCUCAUGCUCCUCCAAGUUACAAUGCUCAAAAGAAACAUAUAUCUUGUAAAAAGUGUACCUUGGGUUCUGUCAAAUCCAUGCGCUGUAUGACGUGUGCCAAACAUAUGCCUCUUGAACAAUUUGCCAAGUCUCAACGUAAACACGCUGAUCGCGCUCGAUGCCUCAAAUGUAUGAAGAAACGCGAAGAAGAAGAUGUGUGGUGCUCCGAACCUGAUUCUGAUGAUUCUGAUGAUAACAAUAAAGGCAAAUGGGACGACUUCCUUUGAUCUUGUUUAUUUCUGGUUUGCUCCUCUGGUUUCAUUUUCAUGUAUACAAAAAAAAAAUAUAUAUCCUACCUCUUUUUUUUUUUUUUUAGUUGCAGAUAUUUGGUCAUUUUAGUUUAGUGAUACCUAGUUUUCGUCCUCUUUUAGUUUUAUCAAUAGCAAUGAUUUCAAGGAAUAAAUAAAACACAAAUUUAUACUAUAUCAUAAUAAAUCAAUAAAAAU